AUGGCAGCUUCCAAGAAGCCGCCAGCACUCCUUGUCUAUCUUUUCCUUUUUUCACUCAAUCUUCUUUUCUCUCCCUCGCUUUGCUUGUCAACUGACGUUGAGCAUAUUGAAUCUGUCUUUUCUAGAUAUCUCGUGCCCCGAGAGCUGAGUGCAGCAGCCGGUGCCUCUGGUACUGGAGACUUCAGCUGCGGUCCAACUAAGCCCUGUUCUAACAAGGCUUGUUGCGGCAAAGAUGGCUGGUGCGGUUUCGGCGACAAGUACUGCGGCAAAGGUUGUCAAUCUCAUUGUGACGCUAAAGCUGACUGUGGUGUCAAUGCUGCCACGCCAGGCCAAACUUGUCCUCUUAACGUAUGUUGUUCAGAAUUCGGGUUCUGCGGCACAACAUCCGAGUUCUGCGGCAAGUCUUGCCAGUCCAACUGGGCGCAGCCCAAGCCCAAGCCAUCCCCUACCAACGUUCGCAAACGUGUCGUUGGAUACUGGGAGGCAUGGAACGAUCAACACGCCUGCGGUAAGAUGAGCGUAGGUGAGAUUCCCGUCAACUAUCUUACACAUCUUAUUGUAUCCUUUGGAUACAUUGACUCGAACUUCCGCAUCGCAAAUAUGGAUGGUCUUAGUUCAGAUGUCUAUAGGAAUGUCGGCGAGAUAAAGGCCCAGAACCCAGGUCUCAAGAUUAUGAUUGCCUUAGGAGGUUGGACUUUCAAUGAUCCUGGCCCUUGGCAGAGCGUUUUUCCUACUAUGGUAUCUAGUCAAGCAAACCGUGCAACAUUCAUCAAGAAUCUCUUGGGCUUCUUGUCAGAAUACGGUUAUGAUGGAGUUGACUUUGACUGGGAGUAUCCCGGAGCCAAGGACCCUGGUGGCUCCGACAAAGAUGGCGAGAACUAUACUGCCAUGCUCAAAGAGCUCCGCCAAGCUAUUACAGCCAGUGGUCGCGAUUAUAUCACAACUUUCACCGCGCCAACCUCGUACUGGUACCUUCGUCACUUCGACAUCAAAAACAUGUCAGAGAGUGUUGAUUGGAUCAACCUCAUGUCCUAUGAUCUUCACGGUGUUUGGGAUGGAGAUAACCCUAUAGGCAAACAUGUUCUCUCCCAUACUAAUCUGACUGAGAUUGACCUUGCUCUCGACUUAUUCUGGCGCACGAAUGUUGAGCCAUCGAAGAUCGUCAUGGGCUUAGGCUUUUACGGUCGUUCAUUUACACUUGCUUCAAGCUCUUGUUGGAAGCCGGGUUGUGCGUUCACUGGCCCCGGUGCUGCUGGGCCUUGCACCAAUACGGCGGGGAUCUUGUCUUACAAAGAAAUCAGGGACAUCGUGCGAAGAACCGGCGCCACAUCAUACCUGGACAAACAAGCAGCUUGUCGGUAUCUAGUGUACGACGAUAAUAGCUGGAUUUCAUAUGAUGACCCAUCCACCAUUCAAGCCAAGAUUGACUAUGCCAACAAGAUGGGACUGUCUGGGGUCAUGAUCUGGGCAAUUGAUCUCGAUGAUAGCAGUCUUGAGUCACUCCGCGCUGUGUCAGAUCCCUCGCUACUAGACAGCGUAGAAGGCACAUUCGACUUGGUCGACUUGGACAAGCUGUUCCCCAAGGAAUAUCUUCCUGCUUCUGGUGGCAAGCCCAAUUAUGGUUUGGUAACAUUCGGUGAUGGCACCGAUCCUACCACAUCUGGGUUUGGAUUCCUCCUUGUGGCGGGUGACUCGCACGUCGUCAGCAGCCUGCGCAAGCGAGACGGCCAGCCUGAGCCCUUUGUCUUCCUUUCAUGUCCUGAGGAUGUCCUAGACCUUCCCAAAGAGUCCCCUCGUACUGCUCGUGUUACAUGUGUCAGUGGAGAUCUGGAAGGGUGCUAUCAGAUCAUGGAACGUGGUGUCGAAGGCACCGUUGUCGAGAUGCCUGACAGCUGUGCUUCAAACCAACUUGUCAGAGCCAUAUCGCUCACAGCAUCCAAAAACCAAUCUAUCCCUCAUGCUUUUUCUCAUCACCAACGUUUCUCUCAGAUUUUCGACUUCACGUUUGACUUCAACUUCAAACUCAUGCGUCGCGAUUCCAACAACACCAGUAUCCGCAUGGAUUACUCCAACGCCCCCGGGUACUGGAAUCAGCUGGUUGACAGACCUGGCAUUCAGUCUCGUGAUCUGAAACACCUCGAUGAGCGGUUCUUUGCGCCAACUGACCUUGAAUGGAACUCGGUUUACGAUGAUGACGAUAAGUACACCUUUGACCCUAAGUCUGCAACGACGAUCAAGAGGGACGUCAGUGCACCGCUGUACUGGCAGACUGUCGAUAAUUGCGACAUCGAUGGCUCCGACUACAAUGAGGGCUUUGGAGCCUACGUCGAUGGCGAAAUUGACGCUCAAUUCUACUACGGAUUCUCAUUGAUCGGUACAGAAAAGAGCGGAUCUUGGGACGCGAGACAAUCCCAUGGAUUCCUCCGAGUGGAAGGCAAAAGCGACAUGACCUUUGGCUUCGGCGGUCUUGGUGACGUUGACGUGGCGAAAGCACGAAAGGGAAACCCCGCCCAAGAUGACACUGUGGGCAAAGUCAAUCUUGAUGGCCACAUUAUCAAUGCAGGCCAUUCGGGUGGCUUGGUUUCUUUUCAGCCAUACUACAAAGUCACCUACAGCAUCGGCACGUUCAACGGCACUGAUCGAGAUAAUACACAGUCUGCAGCGUCUUUUAAUGGGCGUCUCAACGCUCGCGUUGUCUCUGACUUCGGAAAGUUCCAGGCCGACUUUCCUUGGAAAGGCGACCACGAAGACUCGGAUAAGUUUGCGAGCAAGGUCAAAAAGACACAUUUUCAGUUAGGUGACGACAACGUUCUUUACGGCUCUUCACCAAAUGGUGGCGCGAUCACAAUCGGCAGCCAAGUUGUUUUUGGCUUGAACAUCGAGUUUAUCCUAUACAAAGACCUAUUCAAGAUCAGGGCUGGGCUGCCAGAGCUCGCUCUCGCGUACAAUACCGAGUCAACAUUCACCUUCGGCCCCGGAAAGAAAGGCUCUGAUAAAUCAUGCGCCAAGUACGAGGUUUCAACCGAUAUUUCUCAAGUAGCAAGCAAUGGAGAGUCCAUCGGUUGGGACUCGGAAAUGAGCCAAGGUUAUCUCGUUCAAGAGACGCAAGGGCCAAAGGAUGGAGCACAAUGCUUCAAGAAUGGCGGGAGCUCUUCAUCAUCGACCUCGAAACGUGCAUCAACUCUCUUAUCAUCAGGCCAGGACUUUAAUGAGACUUUCUCGGAUGAAGAAGUGUUUGAGUUGAACUCUCUUGCUCGUCGACAAGCUGGUAGCAUGCCUGGUUGGGGUCUAGAUUCCGGACAAGAUAUAACCAAGCGCAUGAUUGGCAUGGAUGAUCAGAUCCUUGAUCGCCGGCCAAAGUUUGACUGCGUCGAUUGCGAAAGGUGCAAUGAAGAGGACGAAGAGUCGCGCGACUUCUGCUGCGGCUGUGAGAGCAUGGAAUUCAAGUAUGGCUUCAGCGAUAUUCCUCCAUGCGACGACUGCGACUUCGAAAAUAACGGCUUGACUUGGCAACAGGAAGUCCAGCUUGCCAUCGGACCGGCCAAACGGGAUGCAGCAGAUGAGGACGAAGUUGAAGAUAGCACGGACACCACGCCAGUACACAUGUUGCAUACUCGGAAGCUGGGAGAAGCCACCCGGUCGGUUAAGCACGUCCGGAUCUGCUCUACCGUCGUGGGUAAAGCAGGUAUGAUUGGACUCGUUCCCCUUAUUGGCGGCAAGUGGGAUUCCGUUUCGCGAUAUUGGGGAAAUUCGUCCUUUGUAUGUGACAAUUGGGGAGUCACUGCUUUGCCAAAAGCCGAUACUAUCUGGGUCAAUGCCAAAGGUGUGAAGAAACAAUUCCGAGCCGGCUACCAGACCGAGCAUGUAUUUGAAGGACAGAUCAUCGGAAGAUUCUUCUCUGAAUGGCUCGAUAAAGGCUUCUUCAAGAAACAGCAACCUAUGCCAGCAAAUCCCACACCAAAGGCACCAUGUUCCUGGACUAAUCAAUGGAUUAAGACCCCUCAGAAUAACCCGAAGUGGAAGCUCAAAAUGGGGAGAGCGGGUAACCAGCAGGUACCGUUUGCGCAAAUGCUCCUUUCGGAGCUAGGCAGCGAAAACCAUCUUGACCGAUUGUCCCUUCUACAAUCUAGAUUGAAUCGUAAGAAAGGAAACUUGUUUACCAGCAGCGAGCCAACUGAUCCCAAUGAAUAUUCAAGGAUGGAUGGAGAUGUUCAACUUCAAGAGGCUAAAGAACUAGGGAUGUUGUUUAACUACAUGAACAACAAAGAAAUAUGGGCCAAGUUCUGUGUUGUUUAUGAGGCCAUUUACGACCACAUGGGCGAAUUCGAUACUUGGUACGCGGCACAAACAAAUACCGGCGGUGUCGCGGCUCCCAAUCUUCAGAAAGAAUGGAAAGAAUUCAAUCGCGAAUUACUCGACACUAUAGUCCGAAGGUCGAGAGCGAGUUUCAAGGCAAUGUAUGACGGAAGAAACUGCGCUACUCUUGGAUGCUAUAGUAAUCUGCAGUUCGUUAAGAUGUGGUUCGAGAACAACUGGUUCAACUACAGACAGAUUAAGUUCACCAGCACCUGCAACAACAUGGACGCGCCAAAAGCUUGA